AUGGUCACGGAGGAGACAACUACAUACGAUACUAGUGAGGUUACCUCAGACUAUACCACGCCUCCUUCUGGUCCCGUUCCUCCUCCACCUCCUCCCCCUCCUGCUCCCCCUCCACCUCCACUUCCAUUGCCUCCUCCUCCUCCGCCUCCCCCACCUCCACCGCCUCCUCCGCGUCCUCGGCCUCCUCCCCCGCCUACUCCUCCUCCGCCUCGGCCUCCCCCACCUCCACCGCCUCCUCCGCGUCACCGGCCUCCUCCCCCGCCUCCUCCUCCUCCGUCUCCCCCCCCUCCACCGCCUCCUCCGCGUCCCCGGCCUGCUCCCCCGCCUCCUCCUCCUCCGCCUACCCCACCUCCGCCGCCUCCUCCGCGUCCCCGGCCUCCUCCCCCACAUCCUCCUCCUCCGCCUCCCCCACCUCCACCGCCUCCUCCGCGUCCCCAGCCUCCUCCCCCGCCUCCUCCGCCGUCCCCACCUCCACCGCCUCCUCCGCGUCCCCGGCCUCCUCCCCCGCCUCCUCCUCCUCCGCCCCCCCCACCUCCCGCAUCUCCUUCUCCCCCGCCUCCAGCUCCCUCAACUCCACCUCCUCCCUCACCUCCACCACCACCUCCACCCCCUCCUCCUCCUUCGCCUACGCCACCUCUAGUGCCUACUGCGAGUUCCCCGCCUACCUAUGUUGAACCUCACGCCAUGGGCAUGAAGCCGCUAUUUUGCACGUUCGGCGUCCACAAGCAGGACUACACGAAGAUCGACGUGGGCCCCUGCGACUAUGCCUUCAUCCCUUUCUACGCACGUGGCAGAGACACGUUCAUUGACGACAGCGACCCGGUCACCACGGGUUUGAUCGACAGGGCGGCCGCGUCGACGAAGACGUCCUUCGUCAUCAGCGUCCCCAGCGCGCAAGUCCUUUGCCUCUUUGCAUUUCACUGUAUUCUGUGA